AUGGAUCCACAGGGCGAGGUGCAACAACAACAACAGCUGCAGCAGCCGGAUGAGGAGGAGGAAGAGGAACUACAAGUGCCGCCGCCGCCGCCGCAACAAGUUCUCCCCUUUGUUCUGCGGGCCCCUGUUCAUAAGGCGACAUUCUUUUCCUUGACGCUGGUGGAGGAAUUGCUGCGACACGCCCGCAAAGUGGACCAGGAGUGCCCUCUCUUAGUCCUCCCUCUGUCGCAGUCCCGCGAGAGCACACGUGUGCUUUCACGCAUUCAGCGUGAGACCCGCUACGAGGAGUACUGGCCGGUGGAGCAUCCGGUGGCAGGUGAUGAGUGCCGUGGUGCGCCGUCUGCCUUGUACCUGCUGCGCAUCGGCCUGCUGCGCGCCCUCGGCUUCCCAACGCCCGGCGUUGGCGACGCCACCGACACCGCGGCGCUCGUGCUGGGACGUGAUGUUGUAACGUCCGCGUCGUCGGUAGACGGCGCGCCAGCCAGCCCGCUGUUGUACCGCGAGGCGGCGCAGGAGGAACUGCGGCGCAUGGCGCUGGGCGAGUGGUGCGAGGACCUCCUAUUCUUCACCGUUCACCGUGGCUUCUCUGCGGUGCAGGUGCGCUGCGUACUACUGACGGCGAUGCACCUCAUGAACACCGUCGCCGACCUCCCUGCCAACGCGACAGACGAGGCGGCGGAGGACUGCUGCGCGAAGGUGCUGGAGAAGCUGCUCAUCGAGCAGGCGUGCGGGCUGCCGAAUAAGAUCGUCGAGACACGCCAGGUGGUGCAGAUGACGACGGUGGAGGUGCCCGACUUGCAGUAUGUUGCCACCAUUGAGGCUAAGCUGGCGAAAGAGAAGAACAAAAAACAGCAACAGGCCUUGCGGGACCAGCUGGCGAACGCUCCGACGUGUAGCGAGACGCGGCGUGAAGUUCACGAGGAAAAAGUGAUGACGGAGAUAGUUGUCGGCCCUUACUUUACUCUGCACGAGGUGGCGCAGAUACUCGACUACUUGUCCUCAUCUGUUGUGCGGCAUUGGCGGCUGUUCCGCAGCCUACUCUCGGAGCCGCAGCCGGUAGAGAUGCAUGAGGAGGUGCAGGAGCAAUGGGACGCGUGGGCCUUCUGCAUACCGCCGCUCACGGAGUUCCUGCCGGAUGAUGUGCACAUGAUGGAGCUUGGGCGGCAGGACCUGAUGCAUGCUUGCGAGGUAGCCAUUGAUGAGGCAUUCGAGGAGGAGUUUAUGCGGCCUCUGCGGGAGCUGCAGCGGCAGCGCAAUGACUUACUUGAGUGCUUACAACAACAGGAGCUUCAAGCGGAGGAGGACAACAGGCGGAAUGCGCUGGACGGCGUGGAGUACAUGCGCGUGGCCCACGCCUUCACACUCCGCUUGGGCAAGCGUAUUGAGCGCAACGACACGGUGAUGGGGCACGCGGAGAGCGACGAAAUGCCACUGUCGUCAUUGCCUGAAGUGACUGGCACGUCAACACCGCGGAAGUCCACCAGCGUGUCGGCGGGGUCGCACCGGCGGGGCGGGUCGAAGGGUUGCAACUCCUCUGCUACAGCCGUGCCACUGCAGUGCAUCCAACUCCCCGCCGACACGUGCUUUUCGCUUGACGAUGUGGAGGCGCGCGUGACCAAACUUGAGGCUGCCGCACAGGCGAUGGUUGAUUCCCUCCUCGAAAAGCCCAAGAAGAAGCGGGGAUGA